AUGCGGAUGUCAGAAGGGGUAGAUCUCAAGUUGGCAGCUGGCCAGCCCAUCCAACUCCCGAAAUUGACAAUGCCCAAGGGCCCAAUCGGACCCAACUCAGUCACUGAGGCGGCUGCGGACAUGAAUGUGCGCUUCCCACCUCGUGGUGGGGUGAGGUUGUUGGCACCACAGCACACGGAAGGGGACCUUCCUGGGAUUGAGAGGAUCAUCCUUGAGGAAUACAUCCUGGAUACGCUGAACAUUUUCCACGAGGACAGGGCCACUUGCACCCAUUACCUGCUGACUGCCAUACCCCAGCCUUUCCCAGUCUUCGCCCUCAUCGCUGAGACCAUCUUCUCCCAGAUGCUGAUGCUCCCCAAGCCAGUGUUGAAGCCGAUCGCAUACACAGCUAUCAUCGUGACUCUCUGCCGGGGUGGGGGUGAUGGACCCCGAGCUCCGUGA